UUGAGUCACAGUCAUAGUCUACUGUUGGCGGCUUGUCUAGAUGAGAGUACAGUAAGUAGUGUAUUCACUAGCAGGUUGCCGAGGAUAUCAUGAUCUGUUCCGUCCGGCCCGGUCUGACCACUCAUCAAUGCACCACGACGAAUUGCCACAUGAAGUGGUUCUCGCGAUUCAGCGCGUCCUAGAACUUGAACCGAGCUCAGCGAACGACCCCCUCGACACGCUUUCGAACGACUUCAACCCCGUCCCGCUCCUGAAUGAUUUCUUUCCCGACGAGGCGUCCCUGGCGAACAUCGCGGCUGUGCAGACCCGGCUGGCGGAUACGCAGCUGGAAUUGCAACGCGAGAUCGACAGUCUGCAGGCGGAGCUGAAGAAGAACCAGGACCCCGCACGGAUGCAUCUCAUACAGGAGAUGAUCUCGGAAUUGUUCGGGAAAAUGGCUACUAUACGCGAAAAGGCGACCGAGUCGGAGGCCGUCGUGCGGAACAUCACGCAAGACAUCCAAGUGCUCGACCUGGCGAAGAGGAACUUGAUUCUGAGUAUGACGACGCUGAAGCGGCUGCAGAUGCUUGGUGAGCUCUCGCAGACUUCAUUCCAGCCUUCGCUUGGGUUGACGUACGGGCCAGUAAAUGCGUUAACACAAUUGGAGGACUACAUCAAGGAGCGCAAGUACGCGGAUGUCGCGCAGUCCCUUGCUGCAGUCAAGCAAAUCUCAGCUUCGUUCAAGCAAUACACCUCGAUCAAACGGAUAUCCCAGGUUUGGACACGGAUACAAGAAAUGCAGGGCGAGAUACGCGCCGCUCUCGACAAAGACUUUGACGAUUUGCAAGAUCCCGCGAGACCCGUGAAACCAUCCCUCAUCGCGGACGCCUGCCAGGUGGUCGACGUCCUCGGUCCAGAUGUCCGAGCGCAGACCAUCGAGCGCUACGUCUCCAUCGAGUUGAAGGAGUAUCGGAGGAUCUUCCGCACCGCAGACGAAGCGGGGCAGCUGGACAACAUCUCGCGGCGGUUUGCUUGGUUCCGGCGCUGCCUGCAAACACACGAGGCUGAACAGGGACGCGUCUUCCCAGCCGAGUGGAAAGUCGGCUGGUUCCUUCUCUCCCGCUUCGCAGAGGUCACGCGCGAGGAUCUCACUGGGUUGUUGUCCAAAAUGGGCACCGCGUUAUCUGUCAAAACCCUCCUGGACAAUUUACAACUCACCGCCGACUUUGAGCUGUCCAUGGCAAAGAAAUGGUCCACCCCGUUCCCAGACAUCCUUAAGGCGACAGCUCAGAGCCACUCGGCGCCACCCAAGACGAUGACAUCGGCUUUUGAGCCGCACAUGGGAGUGUUUGUCGACGCUCAGGACAGAGCACUGUCAGACAUGCUUGCACCUCACAGGAGAGGGAGACUGGGUCGCUCCCCACGCCCAUCGCUGGAAACCGAUCCCGGAUCAGUCGAUCACGAAAGCAAGAGCGAAUCACCUAUGGUCGUGCUGCCUUCCUCGACCGAGCUGUUCUACUUCUACGGCCAGAGCCUGGAACAAUGCGCCAAGCUGUCGACCGGAAAACCGCUCUUCGACCUCUGCAACCUGCACCGCAAGUGGCUGCGAAUCUACGCCGAGGAGGUUCUGACUGCGGGGCUCAAACGGCCGUCUUACCCACAGCAACCGCGGCAGUCGACGGAAUCGCGCUACGAGCCGAAUGAACUGAGACAGUCGGCGCUGAUCAUCAACACGGCGGACUACUGUCAGACCACCGCGCUGGAGCUCGAGGAGAAGAUUCAGCGGCAAAUCAACACGGAGUUCAAGGAGAAGAUAUCGUUCCAGAAAGAGCGCGAUCAAUUUCUGAGUGUUAUCUCAGCUGCCAUCGUCGUGCAACUGCGGGAGCUGGAGAUAGCCUGCGAGCCGGCGCUCGCCGCCAUGACGCGGUCUCCCUGGUCAAAUCUGCAGCAGGUCGCCAGCCAGUCAGCUUACGUGGCCGACCUGACGAGCGCGAUCGAGCAAGUGACCGACUGUGUCAGGCCACUCAUCGAGCAGAAGAAGUAUCUGAGGAACUACCUGGAUAAAGCCUGCAGCUUGAUUCUGGCCAAGUUUACAAAUGCUUUGGUUCGAAGUCGACCGCUGAGAGAGAUUGGAGCCGAGCAGCUCAUGAUCGAUCUAAAACCGGUCAAGGCGUGUUUACUCAAACUCCCAGGUGAUAGUGUGACAACGACAUAUACCAAGAGCGUGACCAAAAGCACGGAUCAGCUGGAAACUCUGCUGAAAGUGAUUGUUACGCCAGUGGAUCCUCCAGAAGGCUUCAUUCUGAGCUACACCCUCCUCGUCAAAGAUGCCUCGUUUUCCAACUUCCAAAAGAUCCUCGACCUGAAAGGGACCCCCAAAGCCGAGCAGAACAAUCUGCUGGACUCGUUCCUGACGAUCACGAGCACCCACGACGAUCUCGACAGCACGUCUUUCCUGUCCGCGCUGGACAUGGAUCCGGUGGGUCAGCUUGCGAGCAACAUGGCCAGCCCGGGGGCCAGCAGAGUGUCUCUCCCUCUCAGCGGCGUGAUCCCAAACCCAGACAGCACCGGGCUGUUCUCGUCGCCGGGACCGAGUGGACCCUCGACCGGGAAUACGACUAUCUCGGAGAGAGGGGGCGGCGGGGACCAGCGACAAGUCUUCUCUGACUUGAGGAGAUUUGUCAGCUUUGGACUGCGACGAGACACGCAGGGGCCGCUCUGAAGUGUGCCUGCCCAUCAGGUGCGGUUGAUGGUAUCAACAUAUGACUGAUGUGUCCUUUCCGUACACUAGUCGUACACAAUAAAGUCCUAGCAGUACAAUACUCAAGUCCCAGGAUGAUCAUAGAAACAAGGAGGGUGGCGGCUAUAUCCGAUUAGGCGCCGAGCUUGCGCUGGGCAGGAACGACGCCCCCAGGACCCGCUGCACAAUGAACGACGAGCCCGGGGGCUGCGGUGCCUCAGGCAACGGCGGGUGUCCAACACUGCUGCUGGCAUGCCCGGGCCUGAAGCAGAUCUCAGAAAUGGACACGGGAAGGCUGUCCGCCAGCGACGUCACAUCGUCGCUGCCCAAGCCAUACGGGUGCGCGUUGAGGCUGCUCAGACGCUGCCCCUCGGGCGACCCCGGCAUCGACACGGGGAACGGAAACGAGUCGGCGGAUGAAUCGGCGGUUGCGCCGGCCGCCUCGGUGCUCGGCGCGGCCGUCGUCGCGCUCCAUCGCGAAGUCAGCCCCUGCGUCUGCGUCUGCGUCUGCGGCGGGGCGGUCGGGAGCAUGCUGCUCGAUGCACCGCCGAUGCUCCAGUGCGACGCCGGGCCGGCGGAAAACGACGAGGACGAAUGGUCGAUCGAGCGCGUCAUCGUCGACCCGUCCGACGAGCUGGCGAAGUCGAGGAACGACGCCUCGAGCGCGUGCAGGCGGCGGCGGCGGCCCUUGUUUCGCGUGCGGCCCUGGCUCUCGCUGGACGAGUCCCCCUUCUGUUUCGAAAAAAAGCGCACACGCGACUGGU